CUCACUCUGCUGUAGCUCCAUGGAUCUGCUUUACUGGGGCAUGUAUAAUGCAAAGAAAACAACCAUUUACAAGCACGCAGGCUGACACGCUCCCUCGGGCAAUAAGGGAGUAGUGCCAGAGACGUCUGAAGUCAGAGUGGAUUUCCGCACGUCUCCAGGAUAAAACAGGUCAUCUGGUGUCUAAUUCACUGACUGAUGUCUCGGAAGAUUGUAAUAAAAACCAUGUUUUGACUUAAUUUUUGAUCUCUACGCUAUGACUAUUGAUUGUUUCUAUGGUAGGGGUGUAAGGGAUGUUAUAGACUUCUCAGCAUCAUUCUUCAGGGUUCCUUUGGCAUUUACUUAAUGAAGCAGACUCACAGCACGAGCUAAACAGACACCCGAUCACUUUUAUAGAUUAUUUCCUUCUAUUUUUAGCCCCCUUUUAUGAUACGUUCACAGCUGCCGUUUUAUCACCACAUACAUGUUUUUUUAGGUUUUUAAGGGUUUUGCUGAAAUUCUGACCUCUUGCCGUGUGUGUUUGUCAGGUCUAAAGGUGGAUGAGUGUAUUCGGGGCCAAAGAUGAAGGCCUGGCCAACCGUGGCCGGGAUCCUCCUGCUGAUCUGUGAGCAGCUGAGAACUGUUCAGCCGCGGGAUUUCUCCAUGAAAGACAUCAUUCUGCUGCACCCCUCAACCACGCCUCACCCCGGUGGCUUCAAGUGCUUCACCUGUGAGGAUGCAGCCGAUAACUACCAGUGCAACCGAUGGGCUCCGGAUGUUUUCUGUCCCAAAGGUACAAAGUACUGCUACACGCUCCACAUGAUGGAUGACCGUGGAGGCAGCGUGUCUGUAACCAAACGCUGCGCCACCCUGGAGAACUGCCAGCUCACCGGAUGUGUGAACGUCACCCAUAACGGUUACCAGAUGUGUACGUCCUGCUGCGAGGGGAACAUCUGCAACAUCAUGGUGCCGAGAAACGACAGCAGCGCCGUCUUCUCCUCCACCUCUCCGCUGGUCAGCUCGGGCGGAGGCCUUCACCCCCCAGGACUGCUGCACUUCAUCAUCGUGGUCUGGAGCUGCCUCCACUGGACGUGUUGGAAUCGAACGUCUUAACUUAACGUUUUUACAAAAUGAAAGAUGCAGAAAUUUGCAGACGGAACUUUUUUAUGUCUGCAGCACUUUGGAGUCUCGACCCACAAACUCUCAGUCGCAGGGACGCUCUACCACUGGGCCACCAAGUCACCAAAGUCCAUAUAAAAAAGUCCUGGAGCCGUACAGACACUCAGUCCUGGAUUUCCGUCAUUAAGGAACCUUAACAUCACUUUCUCUGUUUCAGUAAAGACAAAAAAUCAAAUUUUUCAAUCUUUUCUUCAGCAGUUUGGACAUUUUAUCUUCAAUCUAACUUUUAAAAAAACGUUUUCUCUUGUACUAAAACUAAAAAGAAUAAAAAAAAUGCAAAAUAUACCUUCAGAAAUCUCAAAUUUGAUUAGAAAAAUGUUGAUAUUCAAGAUGUUUCCUUAAAAAAAUGUAGUUUUCUCAUCAAUUCACCAACACAUAUUGGCAUGGGAGGGGGUCACAUAAAGAAGAAGUGCACCAAAGCACUUAUCAAAUGCACCCAACACAUUCUAAGUUCAGAUUCAGCUUGAUUCAUUUGUCAAAUUUCCAUACGUUCAUCUUCAGAAGCCGCUGAAUCCCUUUUGAGGUCACAAGGUUGCUGGAGCCUAUCCUUGCUACUGUUGGACAUAACCGGGGUACGCCCUGAACGAGUCGUCUAUUUUUUUGGACUCAUUUCAACAUAAAAGUGACUUUCAAUUAAUGCAUUUAGGACUUUUUGCUAUGAAAAACCAGCAUUAAAUAUCUUUUCUAUUAUAAUAAAAAUACAAGAAAUCGAUUUAAACAUUUGUUUUUUUUUUCCUUUACAUAAAUAUUUUUUUUUAAUAAGAAAAUCUGAGUUUUUCCAAGAUGUUCCCUUCUGUCAUCUGAAUUAUAUUCUAAAACUUUGGUGCUAAAACUAUUUCAAUAUUUUACUGAAGUUUCUAUCCAAAUGCUCACUUAACCAUCAUCUUUAAAACUGGCAACAAUAACCUAAAUGUACAUAAAUAUGGUUGUAUGGAGGUUUUAGGGUUUGUGAAUCAAACAAUGUGUUUUCUAUCAAAUGUGAUUUUGCUUUUAAUUUAUUCUUUCUUCAUUAUUUGGAGUUUGUUGUAACGCAUAAUAGCUUUUUUAAUUAAAAUAUACUGUGAUAAAUUGUGAAAUCUGUUGAUACCAUUUUUAGUUUUGAAUGAUCUGUUUAAUGCAGAUGAAGAUCAUUACUGAGUUCACUCUUAAGACCUCUGAGCAUCUUUGUUCAUCUCACGUAAAUGUUUGUGUUGAAGCUGUUUUUGCUUUUUAUUCAACAUUUCAAAGGUUUUACCACAAAAAUACCCCAAUAUGGAGAGAUUUUUGUUGGAAAUAAGGUCUUUACUUUGUUAGUUUUUUAAUUUCUUUACAUAAAGAUUUAUAUAAUUAAAAGACAAAUUAAAAGGAGGUUUAAAGGCUAAAAAAUUAGAAGUUCACACGAGUUUAACACAUCAUAAACUGCACAAAUGAAAGUCAUUUAAACUAAUUUUUUACAUUAAAUUUUCAAAUUUAAAUUUUAGUUUGUUGUAGAAAGAUGAACAAAAAUUGCUGUUCACUGAUUUCAUCAAACUCACCUAAUUAGUAGAAUACAUUGUGUUUUUAGUUUUAUUCAUCAACAGGAAGUGAAUUAUUUGUGUUGCUUAUAUGGAAUCUAUGACAAAGUAUUAGGGCAAGAAAAAAAGAAGAAAAAUUGACAAAUAUAUAAGAUUAAAGUCAUAGAAUUAAGAGAAUAAUUAAUUUAUAAAAAUAAA